GCCAGUGCAUUCGUCAGGCAAAUUGUUUGUUUUAAUUUUAUUGCACCAAAGCAGUCGAAAUUUUGUAAUGACUACACUAUGUAAGAGUCAUUUUAAAAAGUAGUUUAUGGAGUCUGAAGACGAGGACUUCGGUGCAAAAUUUUCAACGACCAAAUCCCACUGACUCAAGAUGAUCGGAUAAAUGAAAUAUUGCAAGAAGUUGCAACAAAAAUUCCGAGUUUAGAGUUUGGCGAUGAUGAUGAUGAACCUGAAAACACAAUGGUUUGGUCACCACCAGAAUCUGUACCAUCAUUUUAUCAGCAAAUCUCAUCUGUCAGUCCAUGCAAGCAACUAAAUAAUUUUGUAUUGGAAAAAAAUUCAACUGAAACACCCUGCAAAAGCAAAAUUAUUAAUUGUAAAAAUGAAGUUGAAAAUGGUUACAAGCACGAGUUAUCAACAACUGAUCAUAAAAACCCUUUUGUUGACCAAAAAGUACCAGAUGUCAACAAGAAAGAUUAUUAUGGUGACCAAAAAAUUGAAAAUAAUAGUUCUGGUCAGAAUGCUCUUAAUUCAGAUAUUGGUACUCUUAUGAAAAAUUGUGAAAACUCCUUGUGUGUAGCUGAUCGCAUUUCUUUGCCUUAUUAUGAGUUUAUUUCCACUACUGUUGUGCCUGAAAAAUCUUCAAACAGUAAAACUAAAACAGAAUUUCACCAGAAACAAGUAGAUUUUGGAACCAAAGAAAAAUUUGUUGCUACUGAAUUAAUUACUGAUAAACAUGGUCCUGAGGAAAGAGCCAAAAUUAAUUCCCAAGACAUUGCAAAAAGUUGGAAAGGUCUGUUAGACUUCAAUCAAGUCAAUCAAAUUAACUUUAAUCAACUGCGAUCCAUAUUGUCAACAUUACCUGGCAAAGAUGAACCGUUUCCUGAAACAAAUACAUCACAGAAAGAAGAAACUCUGACAUCUAUAGGUGAUCAUGAACUAAUGUUAAGGUUAUCAAGUCUUUGUAAAGAUCAGAUGAGUUUGUGUGGAGGUCUUCUAGAUUCCAAAAGAGACAUUUUCCCUGCUAAUUUUAAUCACAAAAGAUCAACAAUGGUACCAACAAAACCAAUUCAUUUGUGGUCACAGCUGCCCAGUGAAGAUUCUUCUAAUCAAGAGCAACUGACUAUAUUUCUUGAUUUGAGACCUAAAUCAAAUGUUGAAAAAGUUAAGGAAGCCAAUUAUUUGGCAUCUAUAAAGCGGAUAUUGGGUCUAAACAAAAGCAGAAGUGAUAGCUCAGAUAGCGAAAGUGACGAUGAACUUGAUGAGUGGCAAAAAUUACGAGUAAAGUUAAAGGAAAGAUCGAAACAAGAACAGAUGAAAAGUGAUGAUUUCGAGCGCAGCAUUGACGAUAACUUUUCACAGGCUGUCAGCAAUAAACAGCCAAUUGAGAAAACAGAAUUUUUUCCUCAUAAAUCUCAAGUCGCUAAUGUCAAAGAUAUUGUGCCUGAUUUGACCAAUUUUGAUUUGACCCACCCACUUUGCGAGUUGCGAGACAAUGAGAAAGAGAAUAUAGAUUUUUUUCAUCCCUCUAAAUACGCUGACACUAUUUUUAAAGAAGAUUGUUUUAAAUCAACGUUAUUUAAUGGUGAGUCGUGUGACUCCAACAGUGAUUUAUCCUUUAAAAAAAAACACUCUGACGGACCAUCAAAAUCUAAACUUUUAAGGAAUAAAAAAGAAAAGUUGUACAAAUAUAAAAUGGAUAAAGAAACUAUCUACAAAGAAGAUGAAAAAAAUAGUGAAAGUUCUUCAGAGAAGGACGAUCAACAAAAACAUUCAAUCGGAUCUACGAAUUCUUUUGAUGUAAAAAAUACUCACGAAGACAUUAGUUUGUCUUUCGAAAAUAAUCAAGAACCAAUGAAAAAGAUUGGGCAUGAUGAAAUAAUAAGAUUUAAAAGAGAAAAUCUCAAAACUCACCACAUAUCUGAUGAGAAUGAAAAGGAUCAGCACGUUUCCAAAUCGCAAUGUUUAAGCGAGUUGGAAAGUGGUGUGCCUAUUACUGAGGAUGUUAUAGAGCAGCAAUCAUAUCAAAAUUCUGCAACGAACAGAAUUGUUGAUGUGGGAAUGCAUUUUCAUUUCACUGAGUCAAAACUACACGAAAAUGUGAGGAGUUUACCUGGGAUAUCUUAUGAAUCCAAAGAAGCCCAUUUUAAAGGAUCACACAAACACAAUUCAUCCCAUUCACAUAGCAAAGAAGAAUGUACUGAAAGACACGUUAGUGAGCAAGAAGAAUCUAUGGAGCAUAUUGUAAAGGAUGAAAAAAAACUGAACGAGGUGCUUGAUUCUGUUGGGAAGAAAAAAUCGAAACAUAUCUCGAAUUCUCAUCGCAACGAAGAAGAUGCAACAAAACGCGUACUGAUUCAAAAACGCAAGAUGAAGAUGCUGAAAGAAAAAGUAAAAGAAAAUCUCGAUAAGUCCCUUCCUACGUUGACGGGUAGUGGAAGGUAUCCCUCUGCAUACAAUACACCUACUAUAUAUGAUCAGGAUGCCUCAUAUGAAGAAGAAUUGCAAGAUUUAAUCACGAUAGAUGAAGAUGAAAUCAAUCUAUUACUAGUUGUUACAUUAUCCAAUAUUAAUGAAGUGAACAGACAGUACACUAAAGGGCGAUUGGGUUUUCUUGCUGGAGAAGACGCAAACUGCUAUUUUGCUUUAUUAUCAUGGCUUCUUCAUCUCUGCGACACCAACUAUUUUAGCAGUACUAUACCCUUUCAUGUAGCUGGUAUACGUCAAUCUUUGCAAAAUGGUCAGCUACAGCUUUUUGUCGCCGUUCGACCCAACAAUAUCAUUAUCAACACAAUGGGCUUGACAAAAAAUAAAGCACGAGUUUUUCAUAAAGCGAUAACCAAAUAUCUUUCUACACAUACAUUAUGUCUUGUGUAUCGGCAAAUGAAAUGUUUUUACUUUGGUGGAGGUCCGUGGGUCGAUGAAUCUACCGGCAGCUCAAAGAUGUUGUCUACUUACAUAACAACGAGAAGUGACAUGAAUUCAGUCAAACGUGUUUUCAACAGCAAACCUGGUUUCUUCUGGGAAACCUUUGAAUGCAGUGGUAGCAGUGAUACUCAACUGAAUACUCAUUACACUGAGGAGAACUUGGAAAACACAAUCAUGUUGGUGCAUGCACCUUUAUGCUAUAAUCCUUCUUGUCUAUUUGAUUUGUUCACACGUAUUGCUGGUGAAAGCUGUGAUCUGGCUGGAUUACGAUUUAUUUAUGAUCUAAAAUCAGGAAAUGAUGCUUGCCAGGAAAAAAAUGCUUCCCUACGUGAUUUAUUUCCGUGUUUAGCUAUUGCUGUUCGAGGUCCGUGGGCAGUUGAAAAAGUCAAAACAAUAAUUGGAUCGCGAAUAUCAUUAAAUAGUCUUCAGGAAUCUCCUUCUCUUCGUUCUUUGUAUUGUUCAUCUGGUGAAGAAAAAUUAUUUUACUGCCCAUCGUACGUGAGCCAAGCUUCAACACAAUUGGCUAGAUUCUUUGGAGGCCGUUUGAUGGAGAAAUAUAGUCAAUCCAUAAAAGAAACCGAAUCAUCGUUAUCAGAAAGUGUUCCAACCCAGAAACCUCCGUCAUUAUUGGUAGCUUCCACUCGUGUCUCGUUUUUUCUUGUUGUCUCAUCUUUAUUGCCACCAGCCUUUCUCGGAGAGCUUAUCGACGUUUGUCACAAAAGAGGUUAUGGUUUGCACGGUAUACGUAGACUUCAAAUUAAUAAGCGACAACGAGAAAGUCUUGGGCUUUCUCAGUUCUAUACGAUUAGCUCAUCGUUUGGUAGUACCCCCACAUCAAGUCCAAACGAGUCACCGCCGAGCAGCCCUGUCAGACGCAAAUCAAGCUUUACUACUAAAACAGACGUGGCAUUUAUGAAGGCGAAAAUGUCACAUCCUGCCACUGUUCUUCUCCUUCAACGAGAGAAUGGAUUGUAUCACUCUUGUAGUUUAAUAAAGAUGUUGUUUCGUUCGCUAAAAGAAUGGCUGUCGGUACACGGCACUGGUUACGCGGACUUUGAAGUUAGCGAAGCAAGAAUGUGUUUUAAUGUCGUACAUUUUAAUGAAGCUAACUUAAAAUCAAUAUGGAAUGACAUUUGCUAUUAUCCUAAUGCUGUGCUGCUCAAAUGCACAAGAAGUCAUCGAUUUUAUUGGAGCACUGAAGUUGAACAAAUCUGUGUUCUUAGCUCAAGUGAUGUCGAAGCUAGUCAAAAUGUUGGAAAUCUUUUGAAAAAAUUAACAAACAGUAAUGAAAUUGCUGAAGGCUGGGAACUACUUGGGAUCAAAAGCUUUCCAUGCCUUAGCCUUUCUCAAGCUAGAGAGGUAACUCCUUAUGAGAUAGAUGAUGAUUUUUGGCAGCAUAACAUCAAACGUUUGACAUCGUCGACAGUAUUUGCAUGCGUUUUAAGAGGAGUUAAUAUGAUCAACAGAGUUCGUGAUUUUAUGAAUGUGCAUGAUGAGAAGAUGUCCAUUGAAGGAAAUUCUCGUCUUUGUGAUGUUUGGUCGUACUCAAAAACCCCCGAGGUCGCUUUCCGGCAGCUUUCUGUUUUAUUUGAAGAGUCUGAACUUUUUGCUGAUGAAACUAGAAGAACAAACACUAAAUUCAUUCCGCCAUGUCGCCAAAGAUGUUUAUCUACAGAUUUAAAGCAAAAUACGCAGAAAAACCGUCGAAAGCUCAGCGAUCUCAUGAUGUAUUCAACAGAUGAUUCGUCAGUUCUUGUCGAGCCUUUGCAAGCAUUCAAUGAGAUGUCUAUCACUCAGUCGCUCAUGGUUGGUUCAAGACUUUUACCUACCAUUGCGUUGAUUAAACCUUUCUGUGUUGCCAAUCCUAAAAGGUUUACCAAGAUAUUUAAAGCCUUUCUCCAAGAGAACUUUGAGAUUGUUGCCUUCAGCCUAAGACUGAUCACCCAAAGUGAAGCAGGUGCAUUAGUGCAUCACAACAACUGUACGGAUUACAACGACACCAUUCAGUAUUUGACAUCAGGUCCAUGUAUUGUGAUAUGUUUGCAACGUGAAAAUGCUGUGAAGAAACUACUCGAUAUUUUGGGACCAAAAGAUCCAGUUAUUGCUCGUAAUGUCGAUCCGUUUCUUUUGCGCGGUUGUUAUGGUGUCGACUCUGUUCAUAAUGCAAUUCAUGGAUCAGAAUCGUAUUCUUCAGCCAUUAGUGAACUAAAAAUGUUUUUUCCUCAUGGUGUAUGCUGCAAGCAAACAAUUGAUCUUGAAGCUGAACAGAUUCCCUGCGGUGAAUUUGAUUCUUCUGUAAGAAAUAAACCAGGAAAGAAGUUGACUAAAUCCAAAGGUUACGGUUGUGAAAGUAAUUUAACGAGUUGUAUGAUGCAAGUGAAUUGUGUCAUCUUAACUCAUCAUAUUGUACAUGGUCGAAGUACUCGCAAAAGAAUCGCGAUGAUUGAUGUCUUCGAUUGUCUAUCAUCGAUGAAAUUUGUCCCCGUUGGUAUGAAAAUGGUUUUAUUCACCAAGGAUCAAGUCAAUCAACUGCUCUGGUUGAUGAAAUCAAGAUCAGCAGAUAACAAACAAAAUCUCUCGAAGGAGUUAACCGAUGGCUCUUGUAUUGUUCUUGCGUUACAAAGAGAGAAUGCUAUCACGUGUUUUGACAUGAUACUUGAGAGUUUUGAGCAAACACGUUUCUCAAUUGCUAAGCAUCGCAAACAUAUGAUUGAGGCUAAAAACGAGGAAGAAGCUGAAAAACUGCUUCUGUAUCUUUUUGACUGUUUGAUGCCUAAUUCGACCGCUGUUAUUUCUUGAACUGAUUAAAUAACUAAUUAUAAUUUAGAAAUUUGUUGAUUUACUUCAGAUUUUAUGACUUUGAUGAUAUUUAAUCAACAAUUGUAUUAUUUAUUUGACCAUUGAUUUAUUGGGUCUUCCCAAAAUUCCCUCUAUAGCUACAUAGCACAUAUUUAUUAUUAAAAUACUUCGUUGCCAAUUA